AAAUAGGGAAACGGAAAGUAAACCCUUUUUUAAAGGCUUUCGAGAAAGUUAAAUCGUUACCGCAAAAAAAAUAAAAUGACAAGGCAAAAAAAAAGUACACAGAAGAUUCCAUAGAGUCAUCUUCUUCUUCCCUCCGUAGUCAAUACUCUCUCUGCUAGAGUUUUCGAUUUUCUCUGUUCCUUUUUUUUUCUCCUCUUUUCUUCAGCCAUGGAUAUGGCUACUUGCGUGGCUAGAAGAACUCGUUCGAGGACGGAGUCUUACUUGAACGAUCUGUUAAAUAAAUCAAAGGGGAUUUCUGUCGAAGAACAAUCUAAAGCUAGGAGAGAGAGGCAGAAGAAGAGAAAUUCAAUACGCGAUGCUUGUUCUUCACAACCGCCGGCGAAAUCGAAACGGUGCCGAAAAAAGGCGAGCGAGAACGAAGAUGUCGAGUUUAUCGAAACUAUCUAUCCGGGAGGUAAGCGAAAAGACGAACAUGUAGUAGUAGAGGAUGAUAAUGUAGCUUCUCCUUCGUUGAUUGCUCCUACUUUAGAAUCGAGAUCGCCUGAUCCCGAUAGGGUUCGUGAUUUGCCUGUGGAUGAUGAUGCGAAUUCAAAGGGUGUUGAGAAAACUCAUGCUUCGACCACUCCAGCGCAUGAUGUUGUUGAUGAUGAUGAUGAUUUUGAAUAUCUCGGAUAUUUCCCGAGAGAGAAAGAACAUGUAGAUGAUUACAAUGUCGAUAAGGUUUGUGAUCUUUCUGUGGAUGAUGCUGAUGAUGUUGAAUAUCUUGGAUCUUUUCCGAGAGAGAAAAAACAUGUAGAUGAUUGCAAUGUCGAUAAGGUUUUUGAUCUUUCUGUGGAUGAGUCUAAUUUGAGUGUGGAGAAUGCUGAUUUGAAUGUGAAUGAUACUGAUUUGCGUGUAAAUGAUGCUGAUUUGAACGGUGAGGAGAAGACUCCUACUUUGACGCCUUCAGCUCCGGUGAAUUCAGAGACCGAUGAGGUUAUGAGUCUUAGUUCUAGUUCUCAGGAAGGAGUUUCUACAGAGGACGAUAGUGAUGAAGAUGUUGAGUCUAGUGAUGAGGAUGUUGAGUCUGACUCAUCCGAUUACAUGGAGGAAAGUUCAGAUUCUUCUUAUAAUGAGAGCUCUGAGAGUGAUUUCGAUUGCUCAGAUGACGAUGAAUUCGGUGCCAGAGACACUGCAAAAGUCAGGAAGAGUCAAAGUGAAAGAGUAUAUACAGGGGAGAAGCAGAAGAAUUUUCCUAGGAAGAAUGAUAUGGAUGUAUUUAGGCUACUAGCAAAAUCUAUUUGGAACAAAACGAAGAUUUUUGAGGAAGACAUCUGCUCAGGGGACGAAACAGCGGAGGAUGAUUACAGCGAAGAACCUAUAGUUAGAGAGAGCUCAAGUGAAAAGGUAUAUAAAGAUCAGAGGAAACGAAGGAGGUCCCAUAGGGAGAAAGAGAAAAACCACCUGAAUGUGACUGAUCUGCUAGGAAACUCGUUUUGCGGGGACGGUGAGAGUUUUGAUGGUGGCGAAAAACCAUGGCGGGAUUUGCCGCCUCUAAACCUGAGAUUUGGCUGUUGUGAGGAGCCUGAGCCAAUUGAGAAGACAGAGGAGGAGAUGGAAAUAGACAGUUUGUGGGAAGACAUGAAUUUAGCUCUAACAUUGGAAGGAGUAAACUCGUCUAGUGCUCCUGCUAAAAGUAGAGAAGUGCCAUGCACCAACGGGAAGCAUGACUUUAUUCUUGAUGAGGAAAUCGGUCUGAAAUGCUGCUACUGUUCUUAUGUGUCCGUGGAGAUUAGAGACAUCUCACCUGCCAUGGAUAAGUAUCGUGGUAAUGUUAACGAGAAGAAGACAUGUCGUGACAAAAAGUGUGACCCUUUACUUAACGGGCUUGAUUUUGAAGCUUCAGACCGCAGCAAUUAUGAUGCCUCUUUAAAAGAUACACAAGGAACUGUCUGGGAAUACAUCCCUGGCGUCAAAGAGACUUUGUACCCACACCAACGAGAAGGCUUUGAGUUUAUCUGGAAGAACUUAGCCGGGUCAACAAAACUUGACGAGCUGAAGAGCUCGGUGGUAAAAGGAAGUGGGGGAUGCAUUAUUUCGCAUUCUCCUGGAACUGGUAAGACGCGGCUGACCAUCGUCUUUCUUCAGUCAUACCUAGAACAGUUUCCAGAUAGCCAUCCCGUGGUCAUAGCUCCCGCUAGUUUACUGUUUACAUGGGAAGAAGAGUUCAAAAAAUGGGAUGCAAGCGCUCCGUUUUAUAACAUGAAUAAUAUGAAGUUCUCAGGGCAAGAGAACCAGUCAGCUAUCGCACUUCUAAAGGGAAAUAGUCUCCAUAGGAGCAACAAGCAUUCCGUUCGUAUGGUUAAGCUAUAUUCUUGGAGGAACAAGAAAAGCAUUCUUGGAGUUAGCUACAAUCUGUAUGAGAAGCUCGCGAGGAAUAAGUACGCUGGAGAGAUGGAAGAGUUCAGAAGGAUGUUGCUAGAAUUGCCAGGGUUACUGGUCCUUGACGAGGGUCACACCCCAAGGAACCAGAAUAGUUGCAUCUGGAAAGCGCUUUCUGAAGUUAAAACGGAAAAGCGCAUCAUUCUCUCAGGGACACCAUUCCAGAACAACUUCAAGGAGCUUUCGAACGUUUUAUGCCUGGCAAGACCAGCUUAUACAGACACGAUUUCUUCGAGGCUCCAGGAUCUUAGCAAGUUGAGCCAAGAAGGCAAAAACGGCAAGUUUGAUGAAGAAAUCGGAAUUGGGGAGCUUAAGGAUAUGAUUGCUCCUUUUGUGCAUGUCCACAAAGGAAACAUCCUUCGUGAAAGCCUUCCGGGUCUUAGAGACCGUGUCGUGGUGUUGAACCCAUCUUAUCUACAGAAGAAAAUCCUGGACAGAAUUGACCAUACUCAAACCACAUUUGAACUUGAGCACAAGCUUUCAGCUGUUUCAGUACACCCAUCUCUGUAUACGCUCUGCAACCCGACAAAGAUUGAAACCCUCACCAUUGGGCCAAAAACAUUGGAAACCCUUGAGAGGCUUAGACUUGACUCCAAGGAAGGUGUGAAAACAAGGUUCCUGAUCAACUUCAUCCGAUUCAGUGAAACAGUGAAAGAGAAAGUGUUGGUGUUUAGUCAAUACAUCGACACUCUAAAGCUGAUCAUGGACCAGGUCUGCGCAGCAUUUGGCUGGAGGGAAGGGAAAGAGAUUCUCAUUAUGCAUGGUAAUCUUGAACAGAAAGACAGACCGCAUCUGAUACACAACUUCAACAAACCAGACAGUGAAUCUAAAGUGUUACUGGCAUCGACAAAAGCGUGUUCCGAGGGUAUUAGUCUUGUCGGGGCUUCAAGAGUUGUACUUCUCGAUGUUGUUUGGAACCCUUCUGUUGAGAUGCAAGCCAUAAGUCGAGCUUACAGGAUUGGUCAAAAGCGGGUUGUGUACACUUACCAUCUCAUGGUUAAAGACGCAUCUGAGUGGGAAAAGUAUCGUAAGCAAACCAAGAAACAUCGCAUAUCCGAAAUGGUCUUCUCUCCUACCGAUGACAAGGAUAAGCUGGUUAAAAACCAAGUUGUCUCUGAAGAUAGAAUCCUCGACGAGAUGGUUCGGCAUGAGAAGCUGAAAGAUAUGUUUGAGAAGAUACUUUAUCGCCCAAAGGAAUCUGAUAUGUUUACCAACAUCCUCUGAUUGAAACAUUCUUUGCUCUCUGAUGCAGAGCAUUCUUAUCCAUUUAGGAUGGGCUCGUCUCGUUGGUGUUGACGUGUCCUCCAAUUCAUGUUUUGUUUUCCUUUCCUAUUUUUGUUGGAUUUUAAGUUUUCCUUUUCGUUCAUGGAUUUUUAAAUAGCCUUAGGUCAUUGUUCGUGGCUAUAUGAAAGGAUCCAUUGCUUUGUUGUAAACUCACCCUUUUGUUUUUGAUAAAUUAAUAAA